AGCGACCGAAGUGACAAAGCGAAAUGAGAGGGGGAUCUCGUGAACCGCCGCCGCUGAGUCAGAGCGACAUCGAUGCUGCCGUCGCAGAUCUGCUUUCGUCAUCGGACGAGGCCUUCACAGCGGCAGCGCGGACAUUGGUUCGUGCGUGCAUCAAUCGACGCACCACCACAGAGCAGGCCCGAGGUGUGACCGCCCGGCUUCUCGAAGACAAAGAUGGGCUGCGCCGCAUACUCACCUGGCUGGUGGAUGACGGCAGCAAAGAGACCCAGCUGGCUGCUGCAGAUCUGCUCGUAGUUCUUUGUGCGGUAAUCAAGCCCGCCCUGGCAGCAUUGCAGCCAUUUCAGAUGGUGGAUGUGGCUCGUGUUGUUGUGGAUCUGGCGACAUGGAGGCACAUAUCAGCAGAUGGCAGCAGCCGCUACUAUGGGCCCGACGAGAGCCUGGUCGUCAAGCACAUCGUCGAAGCUGAUGCUGCAGUGGAUAUCGUGACUUAUGUGCGGUUGAUGCUUCUUGCCUCGGUGCUUGAGGCUCUGCGCGAGGCUGCACCGCAGGAGGGCGCUCGACUUCGCGACUCACUCCUGGCUGACCACCUGACGACCAUCAAGCAGUGCCUCACCGUCAUGCUCACCGACACACACAGUCCUGUUUCGAGGACGGCGUCUUGUGCUUUCCAACAGCUUCUGCCGCUGCCAUCUUCACCCGAUGCGGAGGAUCCCGCCCCCGUCCCCUUCCAGCUCUCCCUCCCCUUUUUUACACUCCUGGUCGACCAUGUGGUGGAGCUGGCGAAAGGGGCGACGCACAUGGACGCACAGGGGUGGCUGAUCGUCGUUUGUUUAUCUCAUCGGGUCGGAAAGACAGCCUCACAGCCGCACCAGGACGGAUGUAAGAUGCACAAGUGCGGGUGGGUGGGUGAGAGAGUGAGUAGCUGGCCGACCACUCAAUGCUGCUGUCGUCUUCUGUGUGUGUGUGCCAUGCGUCCAUCAGCGCUACGGGCGAAGGACGUGAAGCGGCUGGUCGAAGAACACCUGUAUGCACACAUGGAGACGCUCGUGUGCCUCAUCACCUCGAGAGAAGGAGAGAUCUUGGCUAUGGCGGCGGCCACACUGGGUGCCAUCAUGAUGGCACUCAAAGUCAUCGAGCAGUGGCACUCUCUCCCCCCUUUCCCCCCCUCGUCGUGCCGGCCGCUGGUUGACAACCCCUCGCUGAUCACCAGAGCCCUUAAAGCGGCCAACGCCCUUCCUGACCACGACACCGAGCUGCCGCCAGCCGUCUACCCCAUAAUGCUUACCUGUUUGACGAUGCCGGCAAGAUUAGCUAUAGGUCAGACAGAAUGGCCACGGAGAGAGAGAGAGAGAGAGAAAUGCAGGAAGGGGCACAAAGUGACAUGUAAAGACGGAGCUGGGUGUGUGCUGUGCUGUGCUCCUCUGCACAGCUUCGGGAGACAUCGACGCAGGUCAUCGAUUGGUGGGAGCUGUCUGUCAGCUACUAGCCGAGCCUGCGGGGCUGCCAUUCGUCGUGUGCAUCGUGGACCUCCUGCAGUGGAUGAUCAAGUGGGCGGAGAGGGACGGGGGGGGCUCCUUGGAAUAAUUGACGUAGUGGCUGCCACAUGCUGCAUGCAUGUGAAUCUGUCAUGGGCUGCCGUGCAGGCGUGGUGAUGAGUUGGUCACUGAGGGCAAGUUCACAAGCAACCCAUUCGUCGACCAGGUCGUUCAGGUGAGCACCGAGCAGAGGAGAUGGAUCAUAUAGCCACAGGUGGAUCGUGACGUGUCCGUCUUCGUGUCUGUCCGUCUGCUUUAUUGCCAGUGUGAGGCCGUCCAGCAGCUGAGAGGCCGCCCCGACCUUCCAAUAGAGGUGAGCGACGCAACCAACGAAACCACACGACCGAACAAGAUGAGUCGAUGGGUGCACAGAUGCCUCUCUGAUUCCCUCCGGCCUGUUUGUAUAGGUGACGUCGUUCAUCCAAUCGCUCCCAAAGACGGUCAAAGUGUGCAGCAGCUCAGCCGCGACGGACCGAUCGCACCGCCCAACCAAGCACAAGACAGCCUCGCACACCCAUCCGGCGUCGGGGCCUCCUCCGCCGCCCCUCUCCCCCUCGCCGCAGCCCUCAUCACCCCUCGACACCGAUGCGCUGGUGGACGGCCUGCUAUCUGACGACAUUGAGACGUUCACCUCGGCAGCCAAAACCAGCGCUGACCAGGUGACGACUGCAUUCGUCAAGCGGCUGGCCGUGCGGUUCGGAAAAGAGGGGGAUCUUUUCCGUCGCGUCCUGAUGCGUCUGGUGGAUAGCGGAAACGACAAAUGUCAGCUGGCGACCGCUGACCUGCUGGUCGGCCACUCUCAUGACCUCCUGGACUACAUGCACCCGUCGGAUUGUCUGUCGGCCAUCCGGCACAUCUUCGAUAUCGUGACGUGGAGGGAUCUUGAGGAGGUGGCUGAGGGUGGAGCGGAGGUGGCGUGCAAGGAGCUGUCGGAGGGAGGGGCGGAGGGGGGCAACAGCUCGAUUGCGGAAGCUAUCGUCAAGGCAUCGUCAGGCGACGAGCCGCUGCCCCGCCCCGUCGACGUCGUGACAUAUGCGAGACUUCGACUGAUCCAAUGCGCUCUUCACGCGGCCAUCACACUCGAGGCGACGGGAGGGCCCCGGCUUCGCGCGAGUGUCCUCCAGACCCAUCAAAAGACCCUCCGGCAGGCGAUGGAUGUCAUUCGGGAGUUCAGACACGCGAAUGUCGCUAAGGAGGCUGCCGUGAUGCUGACGGCGCUGUUCACGCCCAGCCCUGUCGGCCCAUCAAUUCAACUCGUGCUCGAGUUCUUCUCCAUUUUCGUCGAGGGCCUGAAGCAGCUGGGCGAUGACGAGACAGAGGGGACGAGCCACUUCAUAUCGCCGCUGGUGUAUGCCACAUACUAUCUAUUGAACUCGCCACGCGAAGGUCAGAAAAGUGCACGUGGAUGCGUUCUCUGGACGAGGCUGCUGUCCUUUGUCUUGGCAGGCAUUGUGGAGGAGUGGCCAGUCAUCAAAGCGGCUCUCAACACACACAUCUACGCUCACAUAGACACGCUGCAGGCCUUCAUCGCGGCAUCCAAUCCUUCCUCUCCCCUGUGCUUCGCGGCAAGCUCCACCGUGGGAAUUCUCCUCCUGGCCGCCAUCUUCCUCUGCGUCCGAAAGAGGAAAGGUAGGCAACGAAAGGGAUGGCGCGGGAGCGCCCGUCAUGCACCUGGACUGCGUGUGUGUCCACAGGUGGAGGUCCUGUUGCGCCUGAUCGAUUCGUCCUCGUCGAUGCGAUCGCACAAAACGGUGUGGGCAAGAUCACGGCCGCUGCCCCUCUGCCGAUGCAGUCGCUUCGUCGUCUCCCUCUGGAUGCCACCAUGGGAGAUCGGGUGGCCAACGCGUUGGACAUGGACUACAGAGCGUGCAAGGAUCCAACGGGCUCCUUGGCGGAUUUCAUCACUACUGCUCUGGUCACCCCAGCCAUGGCCAUGAUAGGUCGGUCCGUGUCAGUCAGUCAGUCAGCCAGUCGGUGCACCUCCCGGGAUUCUUCAACCAUGCGUGUGUGUGUGUGUGUGUGUGCAGAUGGUGGGGACGCUGGCGCUUUGAUCGAGUCGAGGUUCGUGUCUUGUCUGACCCUCUUCUUUGAGAGGGCCGAGAGGAUCGGGAGGCCUGAUUUGUUUCUCUGCAUGACCUGUUUGAAGGCCCUCAGUGAGAAGCAUCGGAAGGUCAGCAGAGGAAGGUCACGGACCUCCCAUCCCAUCUCAUUUGGAGGAGAGUGCUGUGGUGGUGCGUUUGUUUAUGUAGGUGUUGGGGACCGAUGGACUCGCAGAGGCGAUGUGUGACAUGCUGCUCAAGGACGCACAGGGACAGCUAGAUGGCCUCCGUGACAGUGACCGCAAGACAGCUGUCGACAUUCUCAGGAGCAUCGUCAGGUCAGCCAUGAGCUGCAGACAGGGAAGUCCGACGCAUCAUUGAGCGUGUCUGUUUGUCGCUGUGUCAUGUGUGUCAGCUAUGGCAAGUCGCUGGUCAGCAAGGUCGCACCGAACCCCAUCGUCGGACAAAUACUGCAGGUAGCUACGCCGAGGGUCGUGUGUGCUUUGCCUUUCUGACUGUCUGUGUGCCGCCGUGUCAGUUCGAGUCGGUUAAGGCGAUCCGGAGCCGCACAAGUGGCAUCGAGGUCUCACGACAGGUGAGCAACGCUCCUGCACAGCACGAGGCUCUCCUCUUCACCUCUCUCUGCCACAUCAGGUGUCGGAUUUCUUCAAUGCCCUCGCCCAACAGCACCAGAAGGACACCAAGGCCCAACCCAAGACCGCCGCACAGCCCACCGUGUCGGCCGCCCAGUUGGCGGCCCAGGACGCCAAAGCGAAGCGCAUGGAGAAGGCCCUUCUCGAGCAAGAGCGACGCGAGAAGGAGGUCAAAGCGAGAAAGGACCAGAAGGCCAACAAAGGCAAGGGCAAGACCAAGAGAGGCAAGGCCACAAAGGGCGGCAAGGGACAGCAGCAGGAGGCUGCAGGUGGGGACGAGGCGAGCCCCUUUGAUCCGAUCAUGGAGCCUUCGGUGCCCUCCACCGCCGCAUCCACUAGGUAGGGAAGCCAUCCACUCACUAUGGUGCAUGGUGCGUGGCUGAAGGGAGUGUUUGCCUCGUGUGUCUGUGUCGGUGGAUGUGCAGUCGGGCUGCUGCCGAUGAGGUUGAGGCGAGUCAGCCGGAGCCCACUUCCUCCAUCAGCGACACGUAAGCAAUCCAUCCACUUGACGAGAUACCCUUACACGUUUGAUUCCUCUGUGUGUCUGUCGAUCCCUGUCUUUGCAGGUCUGGUGCGCCUCAUGUGCCGUCCGUGUCAGCGGCUGCGGGCAGCGACCUGCCUGGUGAUGGUGGCGAUUCAGCAAAUUCGGCGGCUGUCGGAAGUGAUGAUGAUGAGGACGGCGACGCGAUGCUGAUCAACUCGGCGUUCGCACAGCACGCACGGCAACAGAGGAACGAGGGCAAGACGAAAAAGACAGAAAACAAACACAACACCAGGCCCACCCCGACGUCCACAUCUCAGCCGAGCCAGCCGUCCCGCCCCUCACUCCAACCCGCACUCAGAACCAACCAAACGGGGCAGAUUGGGCGCCCUCCACCUGCCGCCAAUGAGGAUCGUUAUCGCGGCGGCACAGCACCCAUUCGGAUGCCCGCCCCCACCCCCCUCUCAAGCGCCCAGUUCCCCAAGGGUCGCUUCAAGUCGUCACCUGGCAAUGGGUGGCUGGCCCCUCCUCUGCCGAGGAGUCCGGCUGCCAUCCCGCUGCUGUCUGACGAUGACAGUCCGUCUGGCUGGGCGUCGCCUUCCCCCCGGCCAAUGGGAGGUCGUGGGGCGGGGAGGGGCCUCAUGACGAUGUUUGCCCACCAGCCGUCCCCCUUGCCCUCCAUCCCCUACCCCCGACGCCCAUCGGCCGAGGAGCUGCGCAACAGACCGUCACUGCAGCCGAGUGGACAAGACCACCAACAGCAGCCGACACAGGAUGAGGGGCCGAGGUGAGAUCCGUCGUCACAGCCAUGCGUUCGCUUGCACACGCCAGAUGUCCCUUGUUCCUCUAUGUGUCCUGCAGUUCUUCUACGGAUUCUCAUUCGAUGAGUUUAUUCGCCCACGUGCCGGCCUUUCCACCACCACCUGCGUCACACUCACCGAUCGAUCCGAGGUGACACACGCCUGACACGGACAUCAGUGACGCUUUUACCGAUGAGUGCUUGCUCCAUGCCUGUCAUGCUGUGCAGUGCUUUCCAUCCGAUGAGUCCUUCACUCCCUGUCAGCUACAAUGGCGGCCCACGACAUCCGUUCAAUUUCCCUUAUCCCUUCCCGUCCAGCCCAACGCCAGCUGCUGCGGCUGCUAAUGCUGCUGCGGCUGCUAAUGGUGGUGGUGGUGCUAGUGGCUCUGGUGGUGGUGGUCUGUCGGCUGACGCGUUCUAUGACGACGGCAAUGGUGCUGACAUGUACUGUGUGCCGCCCCCGCCGGCCUUUCCACCGCCACCCCCACCACACCCACCCAUCGACCCAAGGUAACACGGACAUGAUGUCUGUCUAUCUGUCUGUCUGUCAGCAACGCUUCUAUGAACUUCUCCUUUCAUGCUGCUCCGUUGUGCAGUGGUUUCCAUCCUAUCGGUCCCCCUCUCCCUGUCAGCUACAGUGGCGGCCCACAGGCGUCCGGCUUCCCGCCUCACCCACUCGGUAUCCAUCAGCCCUUCCCGUCUAGCCCAACCCCAGCUGCUGCGGCUGCUAAUGGUGGUGGUGGUGCCAGUGGCUCUGGUGGUGGUGGUCUGUCGGCUGACCCCUUCUAUGGCUACGACAGUGGUGAUGAUGACGAUAUGUAUGUGCCGCCCCCGCCGCCCAUAUUUGAGUAUGAAGAAGAGGAAGGGUACCAGCCGCCCUCAUCGAGCAGCGCAGCUGACCCCCUCGCCGCGGCCCAGGCGGCCGGGACGAUGCAGAACGGCAAUGGCGGGCCAUCCACAGGGUACGCAAAUGCAGGCAGAGAGGAAACGGACAGCACGUAUCACUCUUUUCCUUCGCCGCUGCGUGUUUGUGUGAAGGUCUGGGGGUAUGAUGGGUGGCGGUGCGUCUGGGAGUGAGGAGCUCUUUGAUCAGCUCUGCCGCCAGCUCGAGCACACUCAGGAAGAGGCCAAACGAAGGGCUCGGGAGGCACAAGAGGCCAGGCGGAGCGAGGAGGCACUGAUACGCCAGCUGCAGGAGGCCCAGUGGACGUAAGGAAAGGAGGCACAGACUCGCCAAAAGAGUGCAUUCAGCUCACUGUAUGGUCUUCUGCGCUUAGGAUCGCCAAAAUGACCGUGCAGCAAUCAUCUCACCACCAGCACCACCAGCCACCUUCGUGCAGCAGCUCAUCGGCCGCCCCUCCCCCGUCAUCAUCAUUCGCCCAGCCACACCCAUCCACACCCCCCAACACGACGGACCACCAGCAGCAUCAUGGUGAUGGAGAUGACGUUCCGGCCUGCGUCAUCUGUUUCGGCGAGCACGGCCCUGCGUCCGUCAUGUACAUCCCCUGCCGCCACAUGCACAUCUGCACCAAGUGCUAUGCCGACCGCCAGAGGGCCUGGCGGCAGAACCUCCCCCGAGUGAGGGCCGAGAAUGCGCGGCGCGGCGAGGUCAACAAGGAGCUCAUCAAGGAGGACAAGGAGCCCAUGGCCAUGCUGCCAGAGGCCUACCUGUGCGAGCAGUGCCAGACUGAGGUCGCCUUUGCCGGGUCGAUGGAGGAAGUGAGCCGCUGGAUGCGGCCAUUUGUGACCGGCGCACCCUGACUGACAUCUCAGUGAGUCGAGUCGAAGGAGGGCAGGUCAUGGAGCGGGUGGAGGGCAAGAGGCCAUGUUUGUCUGUCGAUUUAAGCGAUAUGCCAGCCGGUGGGUGAGUGCCCUUUACGGUCAAGUCUGUCUGUCGCGUGUGAGUCAGUGCCUUAUGUGUUUGUCCGUUUUUGUCCUCACCAGCCAUCCCACCUGCAUGAUGCCAGCGGGUGUUUAUACUACCAUCUGUAUGCCCAUCGAUAUACAUAUGUGUGUAUGUAUGUGCUGCAUGUGCGUCCACACACUGCUCGCUGCAUGUCGUGUGCAUGUGCAUGCCCGCGUAUUUAUCUAUUUAUCCAGAUAGACAGACCAACACAUUGGUGCGUGAGGACCUCUAGUGCGAUGCCAUGAAUGCCCUGAUCAUGAGGUCAAUAUUCAUAUCUGACCUGCGCGCAU